CACGCCUCUAGUAAAAUAGUAUCUCACUCUCUCUCCGUCUCUCGAUCUCACUCUCUCUCUCUCUCACCGCAGGUGGAUGGCACACCACGUGGCCCUCUUGCGCUAUCGAGUGUAAUUAUAACACAUUGGCUUUGGGCUUUAAAAUUACAAGCCUGCCCACGGAUUGUUUCAUCUUCUUCUUAAAAUAAUUUACCCCUUCAAAUCCGUGAGUAGGCCUUUAGUUAAGACAGAAUGCAGGUGUUACGGAGGCGCUUGUUGAACGGGAGGCACAAGGCGUGAAAAAGGCACUAGGACCGGGGAGAUUUCCCUCUCAGGAGCGCAGGCUAUGAGCAUCGCAUCCACAUAGCGGGGCUGUGGAGGAAACCCCCCCAUAGGAUCUGGCAAUACAGGAUACUUGCGAUUAUAUCCAUACAUUUAUUUUCCAGUCUGUGGCGUGGUGCGGUUUAGCGGAGUGCACAGUCCUGCGUUUGGGAUGGUUGGGCACACUCCAGAGAAUUCCUGAUCGAACCUCUUGGCGCAAAGCGAGCAGGCAGAUUUCGGGGGGAGUUCAGUAUGCUACGCUCUUCCAUUGCCCCCCGUUCGUUUUGUAAAUGCCAUAUUUGUUGCCUUUUAUUUUGUAGUUGGUCAUAAUCAUUUCGUUGUUUUUUUAAACUAUAGAAACCCCAUUUUCUUCGAUCUCUAAGUCUCUCACCUAAAUGCACGUCUGUUUAUUGAGUGAGCUUGGCACUUUUUCAUCCAUCUGAGAACAGAAACAAGAUCCACAUCUUUCUCUUUGGAUUAAACUGCCGUUUAAACCGCCGCGGCUAUCGUCCGAAUGGGUGAUCUGCUUGAAAUACAGUUCUUCUGUGGCACCCUGACACUCCAUGGAAACAUGUUCUCUCUGGCUGAUCCCCGUCGCUGUGAUGUCCAAAGCUUCCCCCACUGACUGACGGACGCUCGUGGAUCAUUUUGUAAAGCGAUUUGAAGGCUGUUAGGUCAAGGGGAAAAUGAGGCCUCCUAGCCCUCUCCUGAUCCUGCUGUAUGUCACCCUGUCCCGCGCCAUGAAGACAGUCUCCAAGAGAGGCUCAGUUGACCUCUGUACAGACUGGUCAGUGGAUUACCUGAAGUACCGUGUGCUGCAGGGAGAGCCGGUGAGGCUGAAGUGUGCCCUGUUCUACGGCUACAUCCGGGCCAACUACAGCCAGGCUCAGAGCGUGGGCCUCAGCCUCAUGUGGUACCGCAGCACUGGCCUGGGUCACGGAGACUUCGAGGAGCCCAUCUCCUUCAACGGCGUGCGCAUGAGCAAGGAGGAGGACGCCAUCUGGUUCAGACCGGCCGACCUGCAGGACGUGGGCCUCUACUCCUGCGUUCUACGGAAUUCAACCUACUGUAUGAAAGUGUCCAUGUCUCUCCACGUGGCUGAGAACGACACAGACCUCUGCUACAACUCUGAAAUGAGACAUAUGGAGAAGGCCGAACUCAGCAAGAGCAAAGACAUCACCUGUCCAGACAUAGAGGACUACAUAGAACCUGGGAAAGAUCCUCAUAUCAUCUGGUUUAAGGAGUGUCGUCCUAAGCAGUGGCGGGCCUCCAUCCUCCAGAGAAGAGACUCUCUGUCCAUCAGAGAGGUCAAAGAGGACGACAUCGGCAACUACACCUGUGAGGUCACCUUCGGGGCCUUCGUGGUACACAGGACCACUGAGCUCACCGUCACAGCUCCUCUGACUGACAAGCCACCAAAGAUCCUUUAUCCUUCUGAGAACAAGAUCAGCAACAUGGAGCUGCAGCUAGGAAGUGCCCUGAACCUGACGUGCAGAGCUUUCUUCGGCUACGCAGGGGACGCCAGUCCGCUAAUCUAUUGGAUGAAGGGAGAGAAGUUCAUUGAGGACCUGGAUGAGGCGAGAAUCGAAGAGAGUGAAAUCAAGGUGGUCCGGGAGCACCUGGGGGAACAGGAAGUGGCCAUCUCCUUAACGAUCCCCUUGGUGGAGGAGGGGGACCUGGGAAACUACUCCUGCUACGUAGAGAACGGCAACGGGAGACGGCAGGCCAGCAUCCAACUUUCCAAAAGAGAGCUGAUGUACACGGUAGAGUUGGCUGGUGGUUUGGGAGCCAUCCUGCUGCUGCUGCUCUUCCUCAUCUCUCUGUAUAAGUGUUAUAAGAUUGAGCUCAUGCUCUUCUACAGGAGACACUUCGGCAGCGACGACCUGGAUGUAGAUAAUAAGGACUAUGAUGCGUACCUGUCCUACACUAAAGUAGACCCUGACCAGUGGAGUCAGGAGACCAAGGAGGAGGAGCGCUUUGCCCUGGAGAUCCUCCCUGACGUCCUGGAGAAACACUACGGAUACAAACUCUUCAUCCCAGACAGAGACCUCAUCCCCACGGGAAGUCUGGCCAAUGAGCUUUACCAGGAUGACACAAGACUUCUUAGAGCCUACAUCGAAGACGUGGCGCGCUGUGUGGACCAAUCCAAGCGCCUCAUCAUCGUCAUGACGCCCAACUACGUGGUACGGCGGGGGUGGAGCAUCUUCGAGCUGGAGACACGCCUCCGCAACAUGCUGGUCACCGGGGAGAUCAAGGUGAUUCUGAUCGAGUGUGCCGAGCUGCGUGGCAUCAUGAACUACCAAGAGGUGGAGGCCCUCAAACACACCAUCAAGACCCUCACCGUCAUCAAGUGGCAUGGCCCCAAGAGCAACAAGCUCAGCUCCAAGUUCUGGAAGCAGCUGCAGUAUGAGAUGCCCUUCCGCCGCACCGAGCCAAUGCUGAGCCACGAGCCAGCGCUGGAUGUCAGCGAGCAGGGCCCCUUCGGCGAGCUCCAGACCGUCUCCGCCAUCUCCAUGGCAGCCGCCACCUCCACCGCCAUGGCCACGGCACACCCGGAGCUCCGCUCAUCUUUCCACAACUCCUACCACACCACCAUGCGGCAGAAACACUACUACCGCAGCUACGAGUACGACCUGCCGCCGGGGGGCACGCUGCCGACGCUGUCAUCACUAGGCAACCAGCACACCUACUGCAACAUCCCGCUGACGCUGCUGAACGGACAGAGGCCGCCAGCGGGGAAGAGCCGCGAGCACAGUCUGGAGGAGGAGCACACUAACCACGCCAUGCUGCCGCUGUUGCCCAGGGAGACCAGCAUCUCCAGCGUCAUCUGGUGACCGGGACAGGAUAGAACCAUGCGACACUAGUGGUUUGGUCUGGCCUGGUUUGGGUUGGAUCACUUUGGAUUGGUUUGGUGGCGUAGUCACGCUUCAAUGAGCCAGUUCUGAUUGGCUACUGUAGCUAUAGCUGAGAGAUUGUGACGAGUUUGGGUUGGAAUGGACCCCUGUCAACAGGCAAGACAGGGUCAAGGCAGGUUUGGAUUUAACGUGGCCCUCAUGUACACAGAGGAGGAGUUCUUCACCCAAGGAUUAAAGAUACAGACUGACAACAACAAACUGUUUGAUCAAGAGACUACAGAGUUUGAUCAAAAUGAACUCGUGAAUACAAAAUAAAAGAACCCACACACUUUGGCACUUGUGCACUUGCACACACACUUGCACACACACAUACACUCACACACACUAAAGGAAAACAGGGUCUUGUACAUAUAUUUCCAAUUUAUUUGUAGCAUCAGUGUCUUCCUGUUUUUUGUUCAUAUGUUGUUUUUUAUUAAAUCGUGUGUGUUGCCUUCUCUACUUUAAGACUUUGCUUUAACUUGUCACACAGAUUUAUAUAUUUAUAUUUGUUCAGUUUUUUUCUUUGUUAAAAUUGUUUUUUUUGUUUUUUUUAUAUGCUUAUGAAGAAAGCCAGUAUGUCAUGUAUCUGCGCUGUUGUGUUUUUUUAUCUUGACUUUGUGUAGUUUAAGAUAUAUAUUAUUUUCUUUUACACUUUUGGGGAAUUGCUUGGACAUUGCAACGUUUUACUUCAAGGAGCAACAUCUUAUUUUUGUUGACCUGUAUAAGGUGUAUAUCUAGUUUUAAAAACACUUUAAAAAAUCAUAGAAUAUGCAAAAAGAAGGAGGAGCUACCGGUGAUGUUGAUGUAACUUCCUGUGGGCCAGAGGAAGGGGACAAGUUAGGGAGUCGUGCUAGUCUUCUCCAGUCAGCCCGUCGGUCAGUCAGAGUUUCAUAUUUUCUAUAAAAACAAACAGCCUUGCUGUUUUAGCGUGAUAGUAAAAUGCCUCACCUUAAAAAUAAAUCUGUAGAUUAUUUUAAAAAUACGUAUAUUUUUAUAACAAAAAGAGUUUGCUUGAGAAGUCAUACUUAUUUACGUUUCAUCUGACAUUUAGGGAGAGGUAUGCAGUGUGUGUAAUGCAGGUUUUGUACACUACUUUGCAAUAUGGGUCAUGGUUUGUUAAGACAACAAGAUGGAUUUUGAGUCCCUCAUGAAAAUAUUCUUAGAUUCAAAAAGUGAAUGCAUUUUCAAUGUUUUGGUUGAGUUGUUCAAGUAUUCUUUCCAUCCUGAGAAUCCUUUGUUUUUAAUCCAUAGGAUAGGUCAUGUUUAAAGAAAGAAGAAGCAUAAGUCUGUGCUUUGGAAUACGUUUUUUAAUUAUAUUUGAAGGUGUAAUUUCUGAGUAUGCAUAGCAAAUAGAUAUGUAUUCUAUAUAUGAUAUAGAUAUUUAUAUAAAUAUAUAUAUAUAUAAACACAAUUUUCACUUGGAAAGAAAUGUCUAUCUUUAUAGAAACACAAUCAUACUUAUCAGUUGCCCUUACUUUCUCACUGCACAUUAAAAAUGUUGAUCUCC